AUGAAUACAGCCCUGACCUCCAGCAAAGUCACCUUCUGCUGGACCCCUGAAGCGGAGUUGGCCUUCCGAGAGCUCAAGAGAUGCUUCUCUGCUACGGUCCUGAUUUUGCCUGAUCCCGAGAAGCAGUUCACCCUCGAGGUAGAAGCCUCCGGGGUCGAAACUGAAGGCAGGCAGUGGAGGUUGGAGUCUGGAAGGAGACCUGCACUUCAUAAACUGUCGAUUAUGUUGAUGGGCAAGACUGGAGUAGGGAAGAGUGCAACUGGAAACACCAUCCUGGGGAGAGAGGUGUUUAAAGAGGGAGUUUCCCCUGUGGCUGUUAGCUUAAGGUGUGAGACACAUAGUGCAGAGGUGGCAGGGUGGAGUGUUACUGUGAUCGACACACCUGGGAUCUUUGACAUAUAUAUUUCUAAUGAUGAAAUCAAGCGUGAAAUGGAAGAAAAUGUCAAUCAAUUUUUCCUGCUAGUGGUCAGGCUGGGGAGAUUCACAUUGGAAGAUAGGAACACUGUAAAAUGGAUCCAGGAUAAUUUUGGAGAAUGUGCUUUGAAAUACUCAUUGGUGCUUUUCACUGGAGGAGAUGAGCUGAUAAUACCAGUGAAGGAGUUUCUGAGAAAAAGCAGAGAUCUCCAGGAAUUCAUCAACAGCUGUGGUGGCCAAUAUCAUGUGUUUAACAACAGAGAAAAGAACAACCGCACUCAGGUUACAGAGCUUCUGGAUAAGAUUGAGACAGUGCUGUUUACCAUGCAAGGAUACCACCACACUACUACGAUGAUCCAGCAGGUUCAAAGAAAGAUACAAUCAGAGGAGGAGAGAAAGAGAGAGGAGGCUGAGAGAGAGAUCAGAACUGAGGAGGAGAGAAAGAGAGAGGAGGCUGAGAGAGAGAUCAGAACAGAGGAGGAGAGAAAGAGAGAGGAGGCUGAGAGAGAGGUGAGAACAGAGGAGGAGAGAAAAAGAGAGGAGGCUGAGAGAGAGAUCAGAACAGAGGAGGAAAGAAAGAGGCAGGAGAUUACCUAUAUUUCUGUCCUGGUUGGAUCAAUUGGAGUAAUUAUUACUGUGCUGAUAGCAGUGAUAUUUGGAAAACACAAAAUCCAAAUGAAUGAGAUGGAGAUCAGAGGAGAAGCGGAGAGAAAGAAAGACUGA